AUGAAGAAGCAAAACGUUCGCACCUUAUCUCUAAUCGUUUGCACCUUCACGUACCUUCUCAUCGGCGCGGCCGUCUUUGAUGCUCUCGAAUCCAAAACAGAAAACCAAAGAAAAAUUGUAUUACAAGAGAUACAAAAUAUAAUAAGAAGGAAAUAUAAUAUAAGUAACGAGGACUACAGAAUUAUGGAAACCAUAGUCCUAAAAUCGGAGCCCCACAGGGCCGGACAGCAAUGGAAGUUUACGGGAGCGUUUUAUUACGCCACCACGGUCCUGACCACAAUCGGUUACGGGCAUUCCACUCCAAGCACCAUAUCCGGUAAACUGUUCACGAUGUUUUACGCGAUCAUUGGCAUUCCCCUGGGGUUGGUGAUGUUUCAAAGUAUCGGUGAAAGGGUCAAUAAGCUAAGCAGUGUUAUUAUACGAUCCGUAAAGUCUUCCCUUCAUUGUCGACAAACUACUGCGUCAGAAUUAGAUUUGAUCUGCGUAGUUACUUUUUUAAGUUCGUUAACCAUAGCCGGAGGUGCUGCUGCCUUUUCCAGAUACGAAGGGUGGAGUUAUUUCGAUUCAGUUUACUAUUGCUUCAUCACACUCACAACUAUUGGAUUUGGCGAUAUGGCAUUAGCGGGGGCAGUUAGGUUAGAAGGAGACGUAAUAACAGCUAACGGAUCCAUUUUAAGUGGUCAAUUAGGACAUCAUUGUACAGAAACCACGUCCUUAGAUAUUGAUGAUACCUCUGUGUGUUCUUGUCCAUGUGGAUGUAUACCAACUAAUACGAGACAUAGGUUUACAGUCCGGAGAUCACCGACACAAAUCAGACAUCUUCUUCCCGUUCUGCCGAUGCAUGAGCUCCAUCUUCCCCAGGGGUCAAUUUUGCCCCCACCAGCAAUAUUUCCGAAUCACAGGGCUUCGAUAUGA